AUGAAGUCUGAUCAUGCCCAUUUGUGCCUUCACUAUGAUUCUCCAGCGACGGAAUGGUCACGGGCUCUUCCUCUGGGAAAUGGCCGAUUGGGAUGCAUGGUUCAUGGCCGGACCACGACUGAACUUGUUCAAAUGAAUGAAGAUUCCGUGUGGUAUGGAGGACCUCAAGACCGCACGCCAGCCAGCGCAAAACACUUGGCCAAGCUGCGGCAACUUAUCCGUCGUGGGAAACAUGGGCAAGCCGAGGAACUAGCACGUGAAGAGUUCUUUUCUAGCCCUGCAUCAAUGAGGCAUUAUGAGCCCAUGGGCUCUGUGUACUUGGAAUUUGGCCACCAGGAGCAAGACGUCGAGUCGUAUAAACGUUGGCUUGAUAUUGCAACCGCUACUCAUUCAGUAGAAUAUCAAGUCCAUGGCAUCAGUAUUCGCAGAGACAUGAUUGCGAGUUACCCCGACAAGGUCCUAGUGAUGCGCAUCACCUCGUCGGAACCAAUACAGUUUCAAGUACACCUUGGUCGCCGCGGUGAAAAUGAGUGGGAUACCAAUGAGUUCUUUGAUCGUUUGAGAGUGGAAAGCAUGGCUGAAGCAGCAUCAGCCCGGAUAGUAAUGGAUGCCACGCCUGGUGGCCAUUCGAGCAAUCGCUUGAGCUGCGUUUUGGGUGUCGGAUGCGAUCCAAAAUUGGGCAGUGUUGUGGCGACCAAAACUUGCAUCAAAAUCAAGUCUGCAGAUUGCCUCCUAGUGGUUGGUGCGCAGACAACCUAUCGUUGUGCGGAUCCAGAGGGCGACGCUUCAAGAGACGUCCGUGAAGCGCUUGGCAGGUCAUGGCAAGACUUGCUAUCACGACACGUUGCAGACUAUCAAGGCUUGUUUCAACGUACAAGCCUGCGAUUGUGGCCAGACUUUUAUCAUGUUCCUACCGACACGAGGAUUGCAAACAGAGACCCAAGAGAUAUUGGACUGAUUGCCUUGUACCACAACUAUGGCAAAUAUUUGCUGAUUUCUAGUAGUCGAGACGGAUUCAAGGCACUACCAGCGAAUCUGCAAGGGAUUUGGAAUCCAAGCUUUUCGCCUCCAUGGGGUGCCAAGUACACCAUCAAUAUCAAUAUUCAGAUGAAUUACUGGCCGGCGGCAACAUCCAACCUGCUCGAAUGUGCAAUGCCUCUGGUAGACCUGAUUGAGCGCAUGGCCACGCGUGGUCAAAGGACAGCCAGCUUCAUGUAUGGGUGCUCGGGGUGGUGCAGCCACCACAAUACCGACAUUUGGGCAGAUACUGACCCUCAAGAUACCUGGAUGCCGGCAACACUAUGGCCACUCGGAGGGUUGUGGCUUUGCAUAGAUGUACUCCAGAUGCUGCAGUACCGAUACGACAGAGCCUUGCACCGGCGACUUUUCCCAAUCCUCGAGGGCUGCAUGUCGUUUUUGCAGGAUUUCUUGAUCCCAUCAGCAGACGGACGAUACCUCGUCACCAGCCCAUCGCUAUCGCCCGAGAACACGUAUAUAUCAGACUCUGGAGAGCCCGGGAUAUUCUGUGAAGGCUCAGCCAUGGACAUGACAAUUAUCAAGACAGCUUUGGAGCUGUACUUGUGGAGUAUAAAAGUCUUGGAGCUGCCCAAUGCUUCAAAGCUCAAGGUUGAAGAAAUAAUCUCUCGCAUUCCGCCACUGCAUAUCAACGACGCCGGCCUCAUACAAGAGUGGGGUGUUGAAGAUUAUCCAGAGCAUGAGCCUGGACAUCGGCACGUAUCUCACCUCUUUGGCCUCUAUCCCGGCCAUGUCAUCAAUCCAGUACGUUCACCACAACUGGCCAAUGCCGCGCGACGGGUCCUGGAGCGUCGGGCGGCACACGGAGGCGGCCACACUGGAUGGAGCAGGGCCUGGCUUCUCAAUAUGCACGCCCGUUUGUGGGAUGCAGAGGGCUGCGGCAAUCACAUGGAGCUGCUGCUUGGCAACUCGACUCUGCCGAACCUUUUCGACAACCAUCCUCCGUUCCAAAUCGAUGGAAACUUUGGCGGCUGUGCAGGGAUAGUGGAAUGCAUUGUGCAAUCUUUUCAAGCCCUUGCAGUGGGUAACGAGGGCGAGAAUGAAGUCGAAAUUAGGCUGCUUCCGUCAUGUCCUCGGUCGUGGUCUGAAGGCGAGGUGUCUGAUCUCUGUCUGAGAGAUGGCUGGUCGAUAUCCUUUGAAUGGAAAAGAGGCAAAAUCAUUGACCCGGUACUCGUCCGUGCAAAGCCAGGUGACUCUUCAAGAGCACGAAUCAUAUUUCCCAAUGGAACUGCGCUGGUGGUGGAGGGACCUGGAGAGCAUCGGGUAAGAAGCGGCGACGAUGCAGCAGCAUGA